AUGUCAGUAUACACAGGGGAAUCCCGAGGUGAACUCCUCGCAUGGUUAAACGAAUUACUAGAACCGAUAACGAUCUCAAAAGUAGAACAAUGUGGUACUGGAUCUGUAUAUUGUCAGAUCAUAGAUUCAAUUUACGGCGACUUACCGAUGUCCAAAGUGAAAUUCAACGCAAAGAUGGAAUAUGAAUAUUUAGAUAAUUUCAAGAUCUUACAAAAAGCUUUCAACGUUCAUAGGAUCGAAAAGCCUAUACCUGUUCAGAGACUUAUCAAAUGUAAGAUGCAAGAUAAUCUCGAAUUCUUACAGUGGAUGAAGAAAUACUGGGAUGCCAAUAGUGGUGGGAUGGCAUAUGACGCAGAAGGACGAGCAGGCGGUAUAAUCCCCGCUGCCCCGCCUCCAACUUCACGCACAGCCUCUUCUUCCGCCCGAGCAGCAUAUCCACGUCCCGGAGGUGGUAUAGGCGGUGUGGGUGCCAGUCGACAAGUUUCAUCUGCCUCGGCAGCUCAGGUAGCUCAGAUGCAAGCUCGUGUAGCGGAGAUCGAAGCUCAUAGUGAGAGUUUGUUGAAGGAGAGGGAUUUCUACUUUGAUAAACUCCGAAAUAUCGAACUCAUAGUACAAGAACGUAUGGCUAUCGAAGGAGUGACGCAAGAAGAGUCGGACGUGAUGGCUAAAAUCCAAGAGAUUUUAUAUGCUACGAUUGAAGGAUUCGAGGUUCCGGAAGGUGAAGAACAGCCGUUACAUGCAGAAGAAGAGACCUUUUAA